GUUUCUCAGCACCCUCUCCGUGAAAUUAGCGAAUACUGCAGCAAGAAGUGAGUGUGUGGCGAGCAGGAGGAGAGACAAGCGGGGACUAAUAUUUAUAAAAAGGACUCAUCCAGCUGGCGACAGAGAUGGCAGCCAUUCGGAAGAAGCUGGUAAUCGUCGGGGAUGGAGCUUGCGGGAAAACAUGUCUUCUCAUCGUUUUCAGUAAAGACCAGUUUCCUGAAGUCUACGUCCCCACAGUGUUUGAGAACUACAUAGCUGAUAUCGAGGUUGACGGGAAACAGGUGGAGUUGGCUCUGUGGGAUACUGCUGGCCAAGAGGACUAUGACAGGUUGAGGCCUCUGUCCUACCCUGAUACAGAUGUCAUCCUCAUGUGCUUCUCCAUCGACAGCCCAGACAGUUUAGAAAAUAUUCCUGAGAAGUGGACGCCUGAAGUGAAGCACUUCUGUCCCAAUGUCCCCAUCAUCCUUGUGGGGAACAAGAAGGACCUGAGGAAUGAUGAGCACACACGGAGAGAGCUGGCCAAGAUGAAGCAGGAGCCAGUGAAGACAGAUGAAGGCAGAGAAAUGGCCAACAGGAUCAGUGCUUUUGGCUACUUGGAGUGCUCUGCCAAGACCAAGGACGGCGUGCGGGAAGUGUUUGAGAUGGCCACUAGAGCAGCACUUCAGGUCCGCAAGCGUAAGAAGAGAAGCGGUUGCACGCUGCUGUGAGAAGCUGGUGCAUUCGAUUAGUCCAGACACCGUAAAAUCAACUGACCAACAGGAGGAGAAAAAAAAAAAAAACACCACACAUGAAAUGGACUGACCUUUUACCAAAUGGCAUCUUUGUACUGUAUCUAGCAUUUCAUGACAAGAGGCAGACAGAUGAAUCACACGCAAAUAAACCUAAUACAGGAAAUGGACUUUGUCUAUAUUACAACCAUGGUUAGAAAUUGAUGUUUAAAGUUCCUUGUUGAUUUGCUUUUUUUUUUUAAUCCCAAAAUCUGUUUCUACACGUAGAGUGUUUUCCUACUAUGUUUCUCUUUAUAUUUGUAAUGUAACGAGGCAGUGAUAGCUGCACAUAAUUGUAUGCAAUAUUGUUCUUCAUGAGCUCGGGCAAGCAGCGUCCCUCCUUGCUAGCAUAAAGUCUUCUUGAGUAAGGUCUUGUCCAAACAGUCCAGACUGUCCUGUUAAUAUCACUUCUGUUUAUCAUGGUAGCUUUUGUGAUAGAGAAUGAAAGUAACUGGAGACAUCUUUUGACCAUAAAAGCUAGUGCCUUUUUUUUUUUUUUAAGUUUGUACACCACCAUCUACUUCUCAUGUGUGUCAGCUAGCUAACAUUUCAGCUGAGGGCCUCUCCAUUGUAUUGUAGCUCAUUUCACACAGUGUUGUCAUUGUGAAACCUGAGCAAAGCCAUAACUAAGGCUUUCAGUGCUGUUGACAACUCGUCACGCACAACAAAUGGUUGCUUGUGUCAUUUUUGUUGAUGUGAAACAUCAGCGUUCCCAUCAACAUUCUCUAUGCUGUCCGCUCACAUUGAGGAUAAAGAUAGGUAGCUGCUUCUGUAAUGUGAUAGGAGUGAUCUCCAUUCUGUUUAAGAUCUGAUUAUUCGCACACAUCCCUCCAUAACUGUCGCUCAUUUGUGCAGUGGACCCAGAAAGGGGAGUGAGAACUGGCCAGCCAAGACACAAGCCAAUAUGCCUCAUCUAUGCACAAUGGCUGUUAGGACCAACAGGGAGAUGACACAGCUGAAACAGAAAUAACAUGGAAGCCAAGGCCUGGCUGGUGAACCCACCCUUGUUUGUUUAUUGUGAGUGAUGGAGUUGAGCUCUCAUUCUGCUACAAUGCAAGUGAGCCGGUCACACCCGCUGUUUGAAUCCGUAUGUGUUGGACGGGUUUGCCCAGUUGUGUACAUCUAUUCAGAGCUGUUAGCCUUUACGUGUGGAUGUUUCCAAUCGGACAACAUUCUUCACAUGUUUGAGAGGAGCUGAGUUGUGUAUAAGGAGUUUGUUUUUCCCUGGUGCCUUCUCUGUUCUGGUGUGCCUUUUGGUGUUUCUUUCCCAGACCAGAUAGACCAGCUGCUCCAUGCCAACCUGACACUGAAUGACAAGGUCAAGAAUGACCUCAACAAAGAACAACUUAUGUUGAAGCAAAAGGUGUUAUUAGUUAAGAAAAGUUUGUUCUCACAGUUAAAAUAGCUUACAGAUGUUCUAGUUAUUGACAAUUUACAUCAUGUAGUUUUGCGUCAAAAAUGAAUCACAGGAAAAUGACAAAAUUUGUGAGAUUACAUAUUCUGGAAAAACAUGUCCGCAAGCACGCCCUUUAAUGGUUUUAAAGUUGCUCAGAAAAAAAGUACAACUGUGAUAAGAGGAAAAUUAGGCUGAUUGGUCUGUGUUCUCAUGAUCUAUGUCUUGAUCUUCCCUCCCUUGACAUUUUAUGUCUCGCAUCUAAGCGGCUGUAGAUCCUCAAGGGCCUACACUGAAUUUGUUUUAUAGCAGUGUGAUGGAGACCAUUUCCUGGUCCCAGUUUUCUCACGUGUCCUCUCAGAAUACUCGAUUGUAAACUUGACCUGGAAGUGGAACGGCUUGUUAUACAAUGCUUGAAAAGCCCAACGACUGUCCUCAGGCAGACUCUUCACAGCAUUCCUUUUUUCUGCCUCUGUUGCUCAUUCAUGUACAUGUCCCUGUGUUGCAUGGAGGGUGGAUGUUGAAAUGUGUGUGACAAAACAAUAUCUUUGAUGUUGCAUGCAACCUCCUUAUGAAGCCAGUGAAGGCACCAAACCUACCAGCUGGCAAGAUCUGUAUCUUUUAUAUUGUAAUGCAACACCAUGUUAAUGUUACUUCAGAUCUUUAAAGAGUGGAUAAACUGUGUUUAAUUCUGGACUUUGUGCAUUCAUGUGGAAGGAAAAGCACACUAACGAGGCGAGAGCAAACAGAUUAAGAUCCUAAAGACAUUAAAGAUUUCUAUCGAUGAAAACACAAGUCUUGAGUUUUGCGUUUCAUAGUUGUGACACGAUGUUCACGGGUCUCAACAAGCUUAACACCAAGGAAUCCUUGGAAAUUAAAGGUCAGCAGAGAUAAAGUUGAGUAAUUUUAACAGCUGGAAGCAAAGCAUAAUGAUGAAAGAAUUUCCUUAGAGCAGUGGUUCUCAAACUUUUUCACAUCAAGGACCCUACACUCACACAAAUUUGACUAUGGACCUCCAUUUAAUGAGAUUUUGUUCCAUGGCCGCUAUCUGAUAAGAUUUUUGCUUUCCGAUGUCUUAUUACAUAGUGUAUUAAUCUCAUGACCAAAAUAGUCAUACAUUCUGUCGUUGUGUUACUUAUGGAUGGAAUUAUAGUCAAAAUAAAUCCCCUUUUUGCUGAGAACCCCUGGGAGUCUCAGGACUCACUUUGAGAACCACUGCCUUAGAGCAGCAGAGUUUAGUGUUGAACAUAUCACUACAAGCAUGUACUAUACAGCUGUUUAUGUGUACGCAGAUAAAUCAAACAUUGUCGUUAUGAUGUCGAUGCAUGCUUGAGUAAACCAUGGGUCUAUACAGUGUGCACACGCAAACACACACAAGCACUAACAGACACACAUCUUUGGGAACAGCUUCUGCUCAGUGUUGUGUAACUUUUUUUUCUCUGGAAGUAUUUGAAAUUAUAAAGGUUCCAGGUUUAUAUAAAAGCCCAUUAUAAUAAUGCUUUGUAAACAGAAAGUGUUGUAGUGAAUGUUUGAUCUAACGUGAACAUGAACAUUGUUAAUAAACUAUUUUUGAGACAAGACUGACUGGUUUCCUUGUCCAGUUCUUCUAAAAAAAAUACUGACAUUGUGUGGUUUACUCCAAAUA